AAAAUUUUAUUUUCUGGCGGCGAGCGGUAACGAGUAUGGUGGAUUGCUUUCGGCAGUUGUAUUUUUGCGCGAAUUCGAAAUACAUUUAAUUGUAUUAAAUAUUGGUUUUUCUGAAUGAAUGUGUCUCUCUAAAAUACUGAACAUCGCGUGUGAAUAAUAAACGAAGACGGCGGCAGUGUAUUUCAGUGAGAAAUAUUAGUUUCCAUCUCUCCCCUUGUUACCAACACUCGGAGGGUAUAUUGAUGUUUAUAAAUAUUGAUUUGUAGAUAAAUCGUGCUUUUUAUCGUUUUAGUGAUUCAAAAUUAAACGUGCAGUGAAAUGUAAGGUAAUCGCGAAACAAUUUGGCAUCGAAAAUGCAACAUUUGUGGCGUACCGAAGCGAGCGUGACCCGCGAUAGUGUUUGAUCUUGUGUUUAUUGUUUUCUGGUGUUUCUGUGACAAUGGAGGGAACAACCGAGAAGGAUUGCUCGCCGCUAUGGAGCCUGUACCAGCAGAUCGUCUCAGAUAUGAAGAACAGUGCACCCAUAUGGGAGGAGUUCAUAUCGAAAGCGACAAAGCUACAUUCGGCGUUAAAAUCGGCGCUUGUGGCUAUCGCGACGUUUCUGGACGCUUUCCAGAAGAUAGCCGACGCCGCUACGAAUGCACGAGGAGCGACCAAGGACAUUGGCACGGCUCUGACGAGGGUGUGUCUCCGGCACAGAGCCAUCGAGACCAGGAUGAAGACCUUUAUAAGCGUAUUGAUGGACACCCUAAUAACCCCUCUCUCGGAACGCGCGGACGAGUGGCGCCGCGGCGGCUGCGCCACGGGCGCUCUGUCACGCGAGCACGCGCGUGAGUGCAAGCGUGCCCGCGCCGAGCUGCGUCGCCGCGUGCACGACGCGCAACGCAACGCGCGCAAGGCGCGGCGCGCUCAGCCGCACGCUAAACAUCGCGCUGAGGUUGGGAUGCAAGACGUGGAAGAGAGAAAGCAGCAGCUCGAAGAGAUGGAAGAGAAGGCCGUGAAAGCGGCGCUGGUGGAAGAACGCAGCCGCUUCUGUCACUUCGUGUCUCUGCUCAACCCUGUUGUGGAGAGUGAAGUGGCAAUGCUAGCGGAGGUGGGGCCCCUGCAGGAGGGCUCCCAGCAACUAGUGCGGCACACGGGGGAGCCGCGCACGCUGCCGCCCGCCAGCCUGCAAGUAAUAUGCGACAUUAAAUCCUACAACGGCGGCUGGGACGCGGGCUCCGCGCCGCACUCGCCGUCGCCUUCAUCUCGCCUCGGCAGCCGCAAGUCUUCACUCACUUCCAUCUCGUCGCUGAAUACGCAGCAUAAUCACGACGCGUCCAGUUCCACGGUGAGUUGCUCCACGCCCAUAUCGAGUGCGUCGUCGACGGGCACGCUGCCGCCCGCGCACGACGCGCCACACUGCCUGUCGCAGUACUCCGGUCGCUUGGCUGCGAGCGUGAGCAGUACCGACUCGGGCUUCCGGUCGCAGGACGCCUUGCACAGACAGCUUUCGCUCUACGUUGAUAAUGGUUCGGACAAUCAGAGCGUUAGCAGCGAGUGCACGACUCCGGCGAAGAGCACCAUCGAGGACCACGACGACAAUAGAGAUGGACUGGGGAAUGCGGCGUCAGCCACAUGGCCUGACUUGAAGGACACGGCGCAGUUCGAACGCGCCGCCACGGCUAUCAUGGCCGGAAGACCGCACACCAUCUCUGCAGCCUACGAACGCGGCCACCCCCGGCCAGCUCUGAGCGUGCACACGUUCGCCUCAGAACAAGAGAUGGCCAACACUUCGGCCAGAGACAACGGGAUAUACGCUCGCCCGCCGCUGCCUACCAGGUGCUCAUCGCUCGAACGGCCGCAGAUCCCGAACAAAACCGGCCCCGCGGCGCCUGACGGCAAGAUGGUGAAGCCUUCCUCGCUGCCACCGCAUCUUACUAAAGAAAUGCCGCAAGCUCUAUAUGUGAACAUGUCUGAACUGGCGACCCUGGCGGCGUCGCGUGCGCAGCAACACCACAACGCUAAUGCUGAUCACCCGCCGCAGGAGAAGGUGUGUUCAGAGAGCAGUGCCAGCGAGUCCUCGCUCGAGUCUUCAAGCGGCUACGGAAGCCAGGGCGCCUUCGCGGCUGAAGACCAGGCUCUACAGCAUCAGAUCCAGCAGAAUGAGGUCGAAUCGGAGAUCGUUACUCUGCGGCGGAACAGCGGCGGUUCGUCCAUUGCCGCGGCACGGGAGAGCUUCUCGAUCUCAUUGGGCAGUCUAGAAGAAGCUGUGCGCUCAUUGGACGAGGCGUGUGAAGUGCCGGCCUUUGCCACUGUUGGGAAAAAACCGGCCGUGCCUAAAAGGAGGCCGCUUUCUAUGCAGACUGAAGCCUCGCAAUGGUCUCGUCGCGGGUCAUCGAGCUCUCUCGGCAAGCCGCCGCCGCCGGUGCGCCGCUCGUCCUCCAUAUCGAGGCCUCAACGACCUUAUGGACAGGGCAUACCCAGCCCGAUGACUCCGUCAGACGCUGACAACCUGCCGCCGCCGCCCGCCUUCCUGCUGCAGCCCGACCACGAGCUGUCCGCAUCACAAACCUCAGUGGCCGAGACAGUAAAACAACUAAACCAGUUGAAGCAUACACCAGCUUCGCCCGGAGUGGCGCGCCGAAACCCGCCUGAGGCGCAGGGACUCAACCCUAUAUACGGACACACUGGCCAAAGAAUAAUGCAGUACGUGGAACAGAACUCCAUGUACGUUCGCUCUCAAGCGUUCGGUUCCCGCUCAGACGUUCGCGCGCUCGACAGUCCCGCCUUGAGCAGCUUCACGAGCGGCGGCGACCACUCACAUUAUGGACACACCGGCUUCAAACUGCAACAAGAGAAGCAGUACAACGCCAUCUACGCGUCGCCCGCGCAACUGGAGUGCGUCGGCCAAUCAGAGGCCUGCAAGAGCCCGCUGUCGCCGCGCAGGCUCCGCCCACACAGCGCUGAUAGGAGGAGUCAACAAAGCAGCCUCAUAGCGAGUCUAAGCGCGAAGCUAGCGCCGCAGUUGUCUCCACGCACCGCGCGCCGCGCCAUCUCCUCCAUAUCACCAGCCGAUCCCGUCAGUAAUAAGAGUAAAGCCAACACGAUGUCCUCGGCAGUGCAACCGGCAUUCCUCGACAAACUGUCGGCCACCAUACAGCAGCACCAGCGUAGAUUGGAGCCGAACAGAGCGAAUACUGUGAGGGAUAUGAUCAACACUCGCGCACAGCCGGACCCCCGCCAGUGUCACACAUCCCUGAUGGAACAAAUCAAGCGAGGCGCCACUCUACGCCGCAACAAACAGUGCAACGAUCGCUCCGCACCCAAAAUAAGAUAAGGUGCCAACUUUGUACUGAAAGAGUAGCGAGAUGGAACCUUGUCACAGAGAUAAUUGAACUUGUGACGGUUAUGUUGGAUUCUUUUGGGAGUUCAUUGUAUUGUAUUCAUGUUAGAAGUGGCAUGUUCGCUUUCUCUUUGGUUUGUUAUUAAAUGGUAAAAUAGAUCUGUAAUUCGAUUAAUGCAAGCUUUGGUUCGGUGAGUGUGUUGGUAAAGAACUAGGGGACGGCGGAGGUCGCAGGUUCGAUUUCCAUUUGUGAAAAUUUUGGCGACAAUUUCUUCAGGCUGAUUAUUAUUAUGUAUGUUCAUAAUAACGUAAGUUGUAAAUACGUUUUGUAUGCCUUUUAGAUGAAAAGUAAGUUUAUUUGCAGAUAUUAUCAAUUGUAUGUACCUACUGAAGUAUAAUUUACCUUUUUAAAGAAAAUUACCUUUCAUUAAAAGCUUACUAUAACGACUUUAGAGAAAUCGGAAUUUUCGUUAAAAAGCGUUCUAACAGUGAUAGUUACUGCAAAAACUUGUAUAACUUAUGACAAUUUAUGUAUGUAAAUGAAUCUAAUAAAUUAAUACCUAUUAACCGCUAAACACAAGCCAAUUUAAGCUUUCUAAAGGGCUAUUAAGGUUUUAAUUCUUAUUUCUCUCUCACGCUUGACGUCUCUUUCCAAGUUGGAGUUAGAGAGAAAAUGUAUAAAAAACGUAAGAAUUUGUAUACAUUAUAUACUAAUUUCAUACUAAUAUAUACCAAUCUUUUCAGGAUUAUCUGAAAACCAUAAUACUUACAUAUUUUGAAUGGAUAUUAUUUUAAAUGUGAAAAUGUCUAUUAGGUUAACAAAACUAUACUUAGUCUGAAUAAUAUUCGAAGAUAUACUUAUCCAUGUUUAUUGAAAAUUUAAAUUAUAACAAUUAUAGAUAUUCCCACAGCUGGUGGAACAAAAUGGUUCAUUUUAUAAACCAGCUAAUCUGUUUACUGAGUUGUAAAACAGACUAAUAAAUGUAGCAAAUACAUCCGAUUUCUGAAAUAAGAAUCGAGGCUAAUGCAGCUUUUAAACCAUUGUAGCGUUUAUUUUAUAGAAAUCGGCUGCUGUUGUGUAUUUAGAGCACUUGAGUUAUGGAGAAUUCACGGGUUUUGGACAAUAGAGUAAGAUGCUUUUACAAAUAUUCGGUAGGAAAUAAGAAAUGGUGUAUAAAUGAUAUUUGUAUGUGGAUUCCAAUUUGUAGCAUUAUAUCGCAAGCUUUUCUAAUGUAGAGAUUUGUCUAAACAGGUUUUAUAAAACUGGUUCUCUACAAGAGUCGUAUUUUCUCAUUAUUUGACAGAAUUUACGUAAAGAUAUACAUAUCUGUGAACAUUACUUUGGUACCUUUCUUUAGUAAAAAAGUAUAUUUGUCAGAUCUUUUUAUGGCGACUAGGCUAUAAAUGAAAAUGUAGGAACAUUUAUAGAUUUCAUAUGUAUAUGAUGUGGAGAUAAAAGUAUGUAUUUUUUAAUUAACUUUUAUAAGCUAUCAGCUUUUUAUAUGACGGUGAAGUAAUAAGUAAUUGUAGGUAAAUCUGUAUGGCAAACUAUAAGAGGAGGCUAAAACUUAUUUAUUAUUUUUUUAAUGCUUAAAUGAUAAUACCUAAGUAUAUUAUCUAGUACUUUACAUGUAAUGUCGAUAUUGUAAUAUACGCUCGUUUCAAUACAAUUAUUAGUUAAAAUGCAUGUUUGUUUUGGUUAAGCGAGCGGUACUGACGGUUCUAAUUUUAAAAUAGAUUUAAGUGUGUUUAUAAAAAAUAUUGAACUAAACUAAAUAGUUGUUAGCCUAGACGUGUUCUCAACAUAUCUCUUUUUACGUAUAUACUUACGGAAAUAUAUAAACGUCCAAAUCUUAUACAUGUUGUAGCAUUUUGUCUAUGUCUGUACUUCCAUAAUCUGUUUGGUAGAAAUAAAAUGCAAUUUACAUGUACCCAUUCUUGUUUGAAAUACUUAGUUUGAUGUCUAAUCAAAGAUAAAUCAUAAUAUCUGUAAUUUGAACACAAAGAAAUUGUAACUUUAUUUCUGCUAAACGUAAACUAUUGACUUCCGUACGCAGAAUGUUCUAUCGUAAAUAAUAUUGUAAUAGCUAAGAGAGUUGAGUAUGUAAUAAUUUGGUGAGAAUAAACAAUUAAUAUGUCCCCUCUA